ACUCUACUAAAGUCACCUUUUCAUUUCCGGGUUACGUCACACAGAGGACGUAUGCUAUAUGAUACUCCUCUUAUAGUGGGUUACUUUAUGUUAUUUCUAAUGCAUUGAAGGCUACAAAAGGUGUUGUUGUUUUUGCGACAUGUCUUCUUCUUCUGCGGGUUUUAAGGAGGAAGUGGAGCGGCGAGGAGCACAGGUACCCUUGGGUUUGGGCUACAUUCCAACGGAGGAGGAGAGGAAACUGUUAAAAGAGUGUCGCCAGGAGAGUUUAUAUUACAGAGAGUUGCCCUUUGCUGUGGUGAGCAUGGCUAUCACUCAAGCCUUUGUUUCCAGAGGGUUUCUCUCUGCAUCUCCAAGGUUUGGAGCUUUGCCCAAGGUGGCCUUUGCUGGCUUCUGUGGCUACAUGGCAGGGAGGAUUUCCUACAUGAAAACGUGUCAGGAGAAGUUCAAGAAGUUGGAGAACUCUCCUCUGGCAGAUGCCCUGAGAGGGCAAAGAGGACUGCUUCCACAGUCUCCCAACAGUCCUCAAUCAGAGCUGAGCGACCCUAACAGCCAGAACUUUGACACCAUGUUCCAGCCAGCAGAGGGCAAGACCCAGACAUCAGAACCAGAACAUGGUUUUAAUCCAGAAACACCCUCUCAGAUGAGGAAUGCAGACUUUAAUGCACCAGUCCAGACGUACAUGGAAGAGGAUGUACCCAAGAGGAAAGCCAUCCUCUAUGAGGACUUGCGGAUCAAAAACCGAGAGAAUUAUGAAGUCACGCUCACUCAAAAGGCAGAGACGCUCCUUAAAACGCCACCCGAAAAGGAGCAGGAAAGACCAACAAAAAGCGUGAAGAAAAACAUCUAUGGAGACACCUGGGAGGAAUGAGUCCUGUUUUCCAUGUAGAACACUAAUCCUGUGACACUCAGUGGCCUUCCUGAUCCAAAGGGACUCAAAUGUCAUCUGAGCAGCCAUUAAUAUGUCUUUGCAAAAGUAUCCAUUAAACCAAAGUGCUUAUGUGCACAC